CAGUUGACCAAAAAAAAAAAAAAAGAAAAGAAGAUUAAGUUAAAAACAGAUUACAGGACAACGUGUUGGAUUGUAAACACACUGCGAGGAUUCCAGUGAGUCUGACAGCGUGGGAUUCAAGCUGCUAGUCAACCUGUCACGUAUUACACGUAGCGGACUGGAAAUGAGGAACUAGGAAGAGCAAAACUUGGCAUCAUUUCACCGCCUUUCACCCAUAUUGGUCCGCCCAUAUUCCACUGAUAAACUACACAAGUUAAGCUAAUUCCAGAGCGUGUGUGGUGUAGUUUUCAGACGGACUUCGUUAUGAAGAAGAAGCUGCUGGUCCUCCUGCUCCUCCUCCAGGUGUCCGGAUGUGCGGACAGCAGGUGCUUCUGUCAGGUCACAGGAGACCUGGACGACUGCACUUGUGACGUGGAGACCAUCGAUCGCUUUAACAACGACCAGCUUUUCUCCAAACUUCAAACUCUUCUGGAGUCCGACUAUUUCAGGUUCUACAAGGUGAACCUGAAUAAGGCGUGUCCGUUCUGGACGGUCCGCAGUCACUGUGGUCUGAAGGACUGUGCUGUGCAGCCGUGCUCUCCUAACGAAGUGCCAGAGGGGCUCAGAUCCUCCUCCCACAACAAGUAUUCAGCAGAAUUAAACGAGCAGUCGGUUGAGUGUGAGCAGGCGGGGCAUCUCGGAGCUGUAGAUGUUUCUUUAAGCGACGAGACCAGAGAGGCUCUGCUCAACUGGAGCAAACACGACGACGAGGCAGAGCGCUUCUGCGUGGUCGACGAUGAGGAGUCACCGGACUCCCAGUAUGUGGACCUGCUGCUGAACCCGGAGCGCUUCACGGCCUACAGAGGACCAGAGGCCUGGCAGAUCUGGAACAGCAUCUACGAGGAGAACUGCUUCAAACCGUAUACCAUCAAGCGACCACUAAUUCCCAACUUGUUCCACAGCAGCUCAGGAAGUGAAGCAAAGACCUUCUACAGCUGGCUGGAAGGUCAGUGUGUAGAGAAGAGGGCGUUCUACCGGCUCAUCUCCGGCCUCCACGCCAGCAUCAACAUACACCUGAGCGCCAGAUACCUCUUGGAUGACAGCUGGUUUCAGAAGAAGUGGGGUCACAACGUGUCCGAGUUCAGGCAGCGUUUUGACUCGGAGCUGACGGCCGGCGAAGGCCCCAAGAGGCUCCGCAACCUGUACUUCCUGUUUCUGAUCGAGCUGCGAGCGCUGGCCAAAGCUCUGCCUGUCUUCCAGCAGCCUUCCUUCCGCCUGUACACCGGCCGACCGGAGGAGGACCGCAGACACAAAGAGCAGCUGCUGCACAUCCUGCAGCUGGCCCGAUCUUUCCCUCUGCACUUUGAUGAGACGUCUCUGUUUGCUGGGGAUGAAAAGGAAGCAGCCAAACUGAAGGAGGACAUCAGACUGGCCUUCCUCAACAUCUCCAGGAUCAUGGACUGCGUGGGCUGCUUCAAGUGUCGACUGUGGGGGAAACUGCAGACUCAGGGAUUAGGAACAGCGCUAAAGAUUUUGUUUUCAGAGCGCCAGAUUGAGGCUCUGCCUACGUCCAGCAGCAAGCGACCCAGUUUUCAGCUCAGCCGACAGGAGAUCUCCUCCCUGCUCAACGCCUUUGGAAGGAUUUCAACAAGCAUCAGAGAGCUGCAGAACUUCAGAUCGCUGCUCGCAGAGGAGCGGUGACGAUGGAGCGAUCGACUCUCCUGCCUCAGUCCUGCUAAAAUGUCAUUUAGACUUCCAUCAGAGAUUAAUGUGAAGAUCAGCUUUCAGGGUGAAGCAGUGGUGGAGGAACAAUGAAAAUACUCAGUUCCAAGUAAAAGUCCUGCAUUCAAAAUCUUACUCAAGCAUAAAAUGAAAAUACUCAAGUACAGUACAAGUACCUCAAAAUUGUACUUAAGCACAACAUAAAUAAAUGUAGCCUACUUAGUUACAUUCCACCACUGCUGAGUGGAGACUCGUGAGUUUUGUUUUCUGGAAAGAAUAUAGUCAUUUUUCUAAAAUGAAAUUUGAAGUCUUGACACGUUACACUUCUGAUAAUAUUUAAUACUUACCAUUAUAUGAAUGUGGCUUAAAGUAUUUUGUUGAGUGAAGCUGUAAAAAGUCAGCAAUUAGAAGAAACUGAUUUCUUUAUAUGGAAAUGUGCUUGAAGUGACCAGUUGCGCAGUGUUUUUGUGAUUGUGCUGGUGUCCUGAGGAUGGCGCUGUUUGUAAAGCAAACUGAUUUUUGAUGAAUAUAAUGUAUAUGUAAUAGCUUUGCAAAAUCUUCAUUUAAUUUAAACAACAAACAUUUGCCGUGUGUUAAGGUAAGGAACUGUUUGAGAAUGAAAAUAAUAUAUUUUUAUUUAAUUUUCAGACUGUGUGUGUGUGUGUGUGUGUGUGUGUGUGUGUGUGUGUGUGUGUGUGUGUGUGUGUGUGUGUGUGUGUGUGUGUGUGUGUGUGUGUGUGUGUGUGUGUGUGUGUGUGUGUGUGUGUGUGUGAACCCAGCUAUAUCGGUAGGUCUGGGUUAAUGGUGCCUUCAGGUACACUUCGAGAACUCAAUCCUCCAUGUUUAGCUUGUUGGUUGAUUUAAGAUUUUUUUCCUACGAAUAAUACCGAAACUUGUUUGUAUUCUGGUAAAUUUUUAGAAAUGUGACGGAUACACAGAUCACAAAACCUUUGUCUAAAUGAAUAUAAUAAACAGUUUUGACACAGA